CUUCAAGUUAUUAUAUGUAAUACAUACUUUCUAAUUUGCGGGUAUUUUGUAGUCAUAAUACAAGUAUAUGAUGUUGGUUUAUAGCAUUCCGCAAACUCACUAGUUAUUUUUCGAUAUUACUUGCAUAUUUUUAACAUUUAUGUGUUCGUGGGGAGACGGCUAUAAGGAUAUUGUAAGGAAAGGUUUGUUUACGUUGAGAAGCCAUCCUCUACACUACUAAUCUCGCCUUAUUUCUAAUAAUUUUCAUCAUAAACAGCAUCUUAAAUAUAAUGAUGUAAAUCAGCUUCUGAAUGCAGAAAGGGAGAGAACAUCAGCAAUCAUGAACUCUCUCAAAAGUUUCAUGAAUAAGGUGGGAGAGCGGGUGCGUGAAGUGGGUCCUCAAGCAACAGGACAACCUUCUGGUAAUGGUGAAAAGCUUGAUGGAGAUCCUGGGGAAGCAGUGGAGGGCUUUCUAUGUCCAACAUGCUAUAUGAGCUUCUCAACACCUGAACUACUUCAAGAUCAUUAUGGCAGACACAUAGACCCAUCAGCCAACUAUUUAUGUCCAGUUUGUAAGGCAAGACUCAAUUCACAACAGGAACUAGAAAAGCAUUAUAGUACUAUUCAUGGAAUGAAAGAUACAAGUGGACACAGCCUUGAGGCUUUGCGUGAAGAGUUGACAGAAUUAUCUACAAACUUGCGUGAGGAACGCUGGUACUCAGAGGAGCUGAAAAAAGAAGUUGAAAGACUGCAAGAUGCCUUCAAGAAAAAGGAUGGAGGGGAAGACAGUUUUGUGCAUAAGUCUCAGUUAGAUGCUGUUGAGGAAUCUAAAAUGUUGCUAACAUCAGAAGUUGUGUUGUUACGGAAGCAAUUAGCAGAAUCUAUAGAACUUAACAGUAGCCUGCGCUCUGAGAAAGACAUGCUGGAGUGUCGUGCUUCAGAGUUUGCAGUGGAACGGGCGGAACUGCGUGCAACUUUAGAUACCCUUCAAGCUGAAAAAGUUGGCCUUGAGUCAGAGCUGCAUGAGAUAAGAUCAAAUCGUAUGAAUCAAGAGAGUGUAGAGCAAGUUGAGGCUCAUCAGAUGCAGCAAGACAUUGCCAAGUUACAUGAACAGUUGGUAGCUAAAGAGAAAGAGAGUGACUCUGUCAAGCUUUUGGAGGAUAGGUUUCGACUAGAGCUUCAGUCUGUACGUGAAAAGCUCAUCAACAGAGAUAUUGAGGCUAGCAGUUUCCAGGCUAGGGAAGCAGCACUUCAGAAUGAUCUUAAAGCAAAGUCAGAGUUGGCAGCUGCCUUAAAAGAAGAAAUAAAAAACCUCAAGGAUGAAGUAGAUAUUAUGAAAAAGAAACUACAGGGUAAGGAUGAGGAGGUAUCACACAUGCGUAGUCUGCUUGAAGACAAGGAAGCAGCUAUGGCGGGAAAUGCACAACAGACCGAUGAGCUGAAGUCUAAAUGUGCUAAUUAUAUGGAGAAUAUUCAAGCCCUGGAAGCUCAGGUUUCUGAGCUGAGUGCAAAGCACGCAGCUACACAGUCUGAACUUGAAACUUUACGAGAUCAACUACUGUCACUGCAGAAUAAAUUCCUUGAAGCAGAAAAAGAUAAAAACAGCCUAGCUCGGGAGCUCAGUGAAAAAAUUGGUGAAUUAGAAAGUUUGAAGGAAAAACUAAAUGAUGUCUCUAAAGAGGAGAGUGAAGUAUUAAAGAAAAAGUCUGAGCAGGUGGAGGAAUUACGUAAAAGUCUCAGAGACGCUGAACAUGCAAGAAGUACUGCAGAAAAUGUUCUUGUGGGAAAAUCUGAAGCCAUGGAACAACUCAACAAUAAAAUGACAAAUAUUGGUAAUGCUCUUAAGGAUUCAAAUGCCAGAGCUGCAACACUGGAAAACAAUUUAAGAGAGAGAGAAAAAUUAAUUGAAAAACUGCAAGAAAAAGUGAAAAUUAUUGAUAUUUUAGAGGCUAACUUAACCAAGGAAAAAGAGAUGAUAAAAGCAAAAGAUCAUGAAAUUUUGGAAAUGAAAAAGAAAAUAUCAGAAAGUGAAACAAAAAAGAUGGAAACUGAAAAAAAGUUUCAAGAUAGUCAAGAAAACUUAAAUAAUGUGCAGUCAGCUUCCAAACUUCUUAAAAGUGAAUUGGAUUCUAUCAAAGAGAUUUUAAAACAAAAAACUAAUGUUAUUGAGGAUUUGCAGGGCAAGCUUAGAUUAGAAUUAACUGAAAAAGAGAACUUGAAAAGUAAGCUUGCAGUAUCUCUCAUUGAGGCUGAGAAUAUGAAAGAAAACAUUCAGAAACUGCAGUCACAAAAUUCUACCUUAGACACAGAAGUAAAAGCAGCAUUAGCAAAGAGUGUUAGCAUUGAUGCAGAGCUUAAGAGAUUAGCAAAUGAGAAAAGCCAACUUCAAGAGCAUGUAGCAACUCUGGAAGGAAACAAGUCCCAUUUGGAAAAUACUUUGCAAGAACAAUCUGUAAGACAUUCUCAGCAGGUGCAAGAAUUAGGAGAGAAAUGUGAGACACUGAAGAAUGAAAACAAGGUGUUAGCUGAGCAAGUGAGCAAUAUUACAAUGGAGAAAGAUUCUCUGGAAAGAAAGAAAGAUAUGAUGACUCAUGAAAUCAAGACCAUUAAAGGAGAUUUAGAGGAAGCUAGAACAAAUUACAAGAAAAUUCAGGACCAGGUUGAGGAACACAAAGUGAACAUAGUCAAAUUUAGUCAAGAUAAAGCGAAGUUAGAAGAGACUAUUAAUGAUCUUCAUGAUAAGAUAAGGAGCUUAACUAAACAACUUGAAACUCAUAAAGAGAAAGCAGGAGAGCUGGAGGGACGUUUAGCUACACUGGAAGCUGAAGCUGCUGCUCUGGCUGGAGACAAGCUUGAGUUAGAGGUGCGUGUGGAGGCAGCUAGUGAAGAGCAACGAAGCCUGGUGGAACGAUGUGUUGCAGCAGAGUCAGAAGUAGACCGGCUGCAGAGCCAGUUGACACAACUUAGGCGCAAACUGGAUGACUCAACUGCUGCUCUUCAUGAACUUGGAAGAGAGAACCAGAAUUUACAGAUGGAGGCAACAAAAUUAGCUGGGCGCAAGUGGGCAGAUGACUCGGAGGUGCUUAACUGUUUAACCUGCAGCAAGACCUUCUCCAUGACUAUAAGACGUCAUCACUGCCGUAAUUGUGGACAGAUAUUUUGUAAUGACUGUUCAAAUAAGCAAGCACCACUAGAUGCUAAUAAGAAGUCUGUCAGGGUUUGUGAUGCUUGUUACAAUGAACUGACAUCAAAGUUGUAGAAGCAGUGCUAAAAACUGCAGAUUUGUGAAAUGUCACAAUUGAAUUAAUGAGAAUAAUGACAAAGAAUAUGAAUGUACACUCCUAUUCUUAAGCAUAAGCUUUUUUAACAAUACUUUUGAUAUUAUUUUUCAAGAUAUAUAACUAGUACUGUAUAUGGUAAUUGGGAAUAAUUAAAAAUAUACAGUUUUAGAGCUUUAGCUUUAACUAAAAAAGUUAAUGCAGGCAAGUAAGGUGAUUAACAUCACUAUUUAAGCAUAA